AUGGCGGACUCAAUCCGCGCCGUAACAAUGGACGACUCACCGCCCCGUACCUCCGCAGACCAGGCCCUCGCCCGCCUGGGCUACAAGGCCGAGCUCCCGCGCAACCUGUCCAUGCUCUCCAUCCUCGGCCUCUCCUUCGCCAUCAUGGCCGUGCCCUUCGGCCUCUCCACGACAAUGUACAUCACCCUCACCAACGGCCAGGCCGUCACCGUCCUCUGGGGCUGGGUCCUCGUCUCCCUCAUCUCCCUCUGCAUCGCCGCCUCCCUCGCCGAGAUCUGCGCCGUCUACCCCACCGCCGGCGGCGUCUACUACUGGUCCGCGAUGCUGGCGCCCGCGGGCUGGGCCCCGAUGGUCAGUUUCGUCGACGGGUGGCUGACGCUGGUGGGUAACUGGACGGUCACGUUGAGUAUCAACUUCGGUGGUGCGCAGUUGAUCCUCAGCGCGAUCAGUAUCUUCAACGAAGACUUUGUCGCGAACGAGUGGCAGACUGUGUUGUGCUUCUGGGCUGUCAUGUUGGUUUGCGCCGGUGUCAACGCGUUCGGGUCGCGGUACUUGGAUCUCAUCAACAAGGUGUGCAUUUACUGGACCGGAGCGGCCGUGUUGAUUAUUCUGGUCACGAUCUUGGCCAUGGCGCCGAGCAAGAGGUCGGCCGAAUUCGUGUUUGCUCAUUACGAUGCCUCUGCAAGUGGAUGGCCUUCCGGAUGGUCUUUCUUCAUUGGUCUGCUUCAAGCCGCCUACACCCUCACCGGCUACGGCAUGGUCGCCUCCAUGUGCGAAGAAGUCCAGAACCCCGAACGCGAAGUCCCCCGCGCCAUCGUCCUCUCCGUCGCCGCCGCCGGCGUCACCGGUGUCAUCUACCUCAUCCCGAUCCUCUUCGUCCUCCCCGACGUCACCAUGCUCCUCAACGUCGCCAACUCGCAGCCCAUCGGCCUCCUCUUCAAGACCGUCACUGGCUCCGCGGCCGGCGGCUUCGGUCUUCUGUUCUUGAUCCUCGGCAUCUGGAUCUUUGCUGGUAUCGGUGCUCUGACGGCCGCUUCGAGAUGUACCUACGCCUUCGCCCGUGACGGUGCGAUUCCGGGACACAAGUUGUGGAGCCAGGUCAACCAGAAGCUCGACAUGCCUCUUUGGGCCCUGUUCCUUUCAACGGCGGUGGAUUGUAUUCUGGGCUGCAUUUACUUCGGAUCGUCCGCGGCGUUCAACUCGUUCACCGGUGUGGCGACCAUCUGUCUCUCGACCAGCUACGGAGUUCCGGUCCUCGUCAACCUCCUUCAGGGACGUCGCGCCAUGGUCAACUCGCCGUACCCUCUUGGCAAGUUCGGAGCCGUCAUCAACUGGAUCUGCGUUAUCUGGAUCGCCUUCGCGGUCAUCAUCUUCUGCAUGCCCGUCAGCUUGCCUGUUGACGCCUCGACGAUGAACUACGCCUCGGUUGUGUUUGCUGGGUUUGCGUUUAUUGCGGUUACGUGGUACUUUGCGUAUGCCAGGAAGAACUUCCACGGACCCCCGGUUGCGAAGGAGGAGUUUCAGCCUGGGGAAGAUGGGAUCAUGGAGGGAAAGGUGCCGGGGAACGUCGAUUCUGAGACGACUGGGAGCGCGGAGAAGAAGUGA